GGAGCCGCAUUCCGACUCCCAGAACUUUCUACCAGGAGAGGAGGAAAACCAAACAAACUGAAAGUCUGAAACACAGGUAGAUAGAGAGGACCAGACUAGGGUUCCGCAUCCGCCAUGGCGUCCAACUCCCCGCGUCGCUCCGGCGACUCCUCGCCGUCCUCGCCCCUCCUCCCCUCACCCACCUCCCCGACCUCCCGGGGCGCGGCCAACGGCGGCGGGAGGCUGCCUAGCCUCCGCGGCGCGGCGCGCUUCCUCCGCCGCACGGGCAGCCGCCGCAUGAUGCGCGAGCCGUCGGUGGCGGUGCGGGAGACGGCGGCAGAGCACCUAGAGGAGCGCCAGACCGACUGGGCCUACUCCAAGCCCGUUGUCGUGCUCGACGUGCUCUGGAACCUUGCCUUCGUCGCCGUCGCCGCCGCCGUUCUGGCCGCAUCGCUCACCGAGCGCCCAGCUGUUCCGCUCCGCUUCUGGCUCGCUGGGUACGUGCUCCAGUGCCUCCUCCAUGUACUCUGCGUCGCCGUCGAGUACAAGCGCCGCUGCAGGGAGGCCCGCUCUGGUGGGGCUGGGGUGGAUCAGGAUGAUGCGGGAGAUGGGGAUUUGAAGAUCAGUAUUGUCAAGCACUUGGAGUCUGGAAACACGAUGUUUUCCUUCAUAUGGUGGAUUAUUGGGUUCUAUUGGGUAUCUGCAGGUGGUCAAACUUUAUCACAAGAUGCUCCUCAACUUUACUGGCUCUCCAUUGUUUUUCUGGCAUUUGAUGUUUUCUUUGUGGUCUUUUGUGUUGCACUGGCUUGUGUGAUUGGCAUUGCUGUCUGUUGCUGCCUACCUUGCAUUAUUGCCAUCUUAUAUGCUGUAACUGAUCAGGAAGGAGCAUCUGAGGAGGACAUUAAUAACCUAUCCAAAUAUAAAUUUCGGACAAUGGGUGAGGCAGACAAGCUUGUUGCUGGAAUUGCAGCACCUGUGGGUGGAGUAAUGACUGAGUGUGGCACCAACCCUCCUGUUGAACACAUUCUUUCAGCUGAGGAUGCAGAGUGCUGCAUAUGCCUAUGCCCGUAUGAAGAUGGUACAGAGCUGCGAGAACUCCCCUGCAAUCAUCAUUUCCACUGCACCUGCAUAGACAAGUGGCUUCACAUAAAUGCGACAUGUCCACUGUGCAAGUUCAACAUCGUCAAGGGCAACCUUGGGAGUGAAGAGGUGUAGGCAGCACGACAGAGCAAGGCCUCUUGAAACCUUCCAGUUUCAUUUGUCAGUUUGUACUGCAUACCGAGGGAGUUUUGAUUACGUAUGGCUGGUGAAAUUAAAGGGUAUAGGUGUUGCACAGAUGGUAUCUCUAGUGAAAUGCUUUUGGGAGUUCUUGCAUCCGUACUAGUAAGGAAAAAUGUGUGUUGUACAUUCUUUUCUCAGCUUAAUCAGUUACUAUUGAGGUUUCUCAUUUGCGUUCUGUAGAUAGUGUUGAAACAGUCAUUUGUGCAAUGUUUGAUGAACUGGGGAGUAGUGACAUGUACAUACAAAAACAGGAUCUUGUUUUCGGGAUACAAUCACUUUGUUGGGCUGCUGGAAAUGCUCACAAAUGUCAUUC